GAAACAAGAAGCAGCACGCAAUCGACUCAGCCUGACCAUCACUGGCAAGCGAGCCCAAUGCUUGCACGGGCCAUCUAGCCUGGUACAGACGCAAGACGCCCCUUUGCUUGCGUCCCACCCUCCAGCCCCUGAUGGAGCGCCCGCAAUCUUCCAUCUCCCUCCAUGACCGUCCGCCAUUUCCGGGGCACCAUGGCAUCGAUCUUUCGACGGAUGACGCCGACCAGGCGAUCUUGACGGGCCACUCUCUCCAGACCCAUAAGAACCGCGAGAUUCUGGAUAGGCCAGAGAACGACCAGGAUCAGCCACUUGAAGCAGGCACGAACUGCAGUCGGCGACGACCAGAGGAGGAGGCGAGGGGGCGACCGCGCGAUAGCAUGACCAACAUGUCGUCGUCUUUGAUCGGAAAGACAGUCAAGCCCUUCUUGAGGGAGCACAUCCCGACCCUGUAUGCUCCAGUCGGGAAGUCGAAGAACGAGGAAUCAGCGAGGGAGAAUAAUCCGAACACCAAGUACUGCUAUCGCCACAGACCCGAUUCGAAAUGCCGACGAGCCGCCGACGAGGCCAAGAUGGUCAUGAUACAGCGGGAGCUGGAUAAGCUCACGCCGGCGGACCAACAAGCCAUCACCCAUGUGUGGUCCUUGUUCUCGGCCGCGCCGGCACGCCAUCGCGAGCUGAUGUUGCAGGGCGUCCUCGCUCAGCUCUGUUUCCCCCAGCUUUCCCUCGUCUCGCGCGAAGUCAACGAGGCGCUCAAGAUCGACUUCAUCACCGCGCUGCCCGUCGAGCUCGCGCAAAAGAUUCUAUGCUACCUCGACACCGUGAGCCUGACCAAGGCCGCACAGGUCAGCCAACGGUGGCGGAUGCUGGCCGAUGACGAUGCUGUUUGGGUGCGCAUGUGCGAGCAACACGUGAACCGGAAGUGCACCAAGUGUGGCUGGGGGCUGCCCCUUCUGGAACGGAAGAGGCUGCGCAAUUACACGCGGGCGCGGCAACUCGCCAAGGACAACUCCAACGGCAGGAUACAGGAGCUAUCCGACUCCCUGCAGUCGGACUCUCAAGGGCAGACUUCAGCAAAACGUCAUCUCGAAUCGAACGACGGUCCUGAUGCGAAGCGGCAGUGUGUUGACAAGCCGUCGAACGAGGAACCCAAGCCCCGGAGCUGGAAGGCAGUAUACAAGGAUCGGUGGCAGGUCGGAUACAACUGGAAAUAUGGGCGAUGCUCGGUCAAGACGUUGAAAGGGCACACUAACGGUGUGACCUGUCUUCAACUGGACGAUAACAUUCUUGCAACCGGGUCGUACGACGCCACCAUCAAAAUAUGGAACAUUGAGACGGGCGAGGAAAUCCGCACGCUCCGUGGCCAUACGCGGGGAAUCCGGGCGCUGCAGUUUGAUGAUUCCAAACUGAUCAGCGGCAGCUUGGACCACACCAUCAAAAUCUGGAACUGGCACACUGGCGAGUGCAUCUCGACGCUGCAGGGCCACACCGACGGCGUUGUCAGUGUGAACUUUGAGGCCCAGCUCCUCGCGAGUGGCUCGAUCGACAAGAGCGUCAAGAUCUUUGACUUCAACUCCAAGGAGGCCUUCUGUCUGAAAGGCCAUAGCGACUGGGUCAACUGCACGCGGCUAGACAUCAACAGCAGGACGGUCAUGUCGGCCUCGGAUGACACUACCGUGAAGCUCUGGGAUCUGGAUACCAGGCAGCCCAUCCGCACCUUUGAAGGUCACGUCGGCCACGUUCAACAGGUUCUACUCCUCCCCCCGGAGUACGAGCCAGACGAUGAGCUGCUGACCGGCAACGCCGGGCUGGGUGACAACAGCGACGCGGUAUCGGUGGCAAGCGGCACCGACGGGACCCCGACGGUGUCCUUCGUCCAGCCGGAACGGCGCAGCAGCUCGCCGUCUCGAGAGGGAGACAUCCGGUCCAUGUACGGGCCGUCGUUUGCCUCGGACCCGUCACGUCCUCUUCCCCCACGAUACUUCCUCUCGGGCGCCUUGGACAGCACGAUCCGCCUUUGGGACAGCGCAACGGGCCGGUGCCUGAAGACUAUGUUUGGCCAUCUCGAGGGCAUCUGGUCGCUCGCCGGGGACACGAUUCGCGUCAUCAGCGGAGCCAACGACGGCAUGGUCAAAUCCUGGGAGCCGCGCAGCGGGAAGUGCGAUGCAACGUUUGUGGGGCACCGGGGCCCCGUAACGUGUGUGGGGCUUAGCGAUAGCCGCAUGGCGAGCGGCAGCGAGGACGGAGAAAUCCGGGUUUAUUCGUUCAAGGACAUCGGAACUCCAAACGGGCAGUGUGUGCUGGAUGCCAGCACCCCCAGCUAGAUCGGAGACGACACGGCGUUCAACCGCGGUCCUCCUCCUCGUUUCUCUUUCUCAUUAUCUCCUUUUCUUUUCUUUUCUUUUUUUUCUGUUCCUUUAUGGCGGAUGCGUCUGCAAAAGCAGGACUGGUGUUUUGGCUCCUCUGGGCGGGCUUGGACAAGUGGCAUCGGCGCUGGCGAAUUCUCUGUUUCUACUGUACGCGCUUGUCGUUGGGUCUUGAAAACAAAAAGGGCUUAUAGAAGGAGGCGCCGUGAUUUCUGGACGGGCAGGGGGGAUU